CAACAGGAACAAGAUCUUUGCUCUGUGUUCACCCCAACUGAUUAUCUCUUUGUCUGUGGACCUCCAUCAGCAACAAUGGGUGAUGCUCUCAUGGCUGAGUUUGGGAAAGCUGCUCACUUUCUGAGGAAGUCAGACAAGGAGCGCCUGGAAGCCCAGACCAGGGCUUUUGACAUCAAGACCGAGUGCUUCGUGGUUGAUGACAAAGUGGAAUAUGUCAAGGGGCAGAUCCAAAGCAAAGAGGGGGGAAAGGUGGUCGUAAAGAGGGAGGACCAGACUAUCGUGACCGUCAAGGAGGUGGACGUCCAUCCCCAGAACCCGCCAAAAUACGAUAAAAUCGAAGACAUGGCCAUGUUCACCUUCCUCCAUGAGCCAGCUGUUCUGUUUAACCUCAAAGAGCGUUACGCAGCCUGGAUGAUCUACACCUACUCAGGGCUGUUCUGUGUGACAGUGAACCCAUACAAGUGGCUUCCUGUCUAUGACUCUGAGGUGGUGUCUGCCUACAGGGGGAAGAAGAGGACUGAAGCCCCCCCUCACAUCUUCUCCAUCUCAGAUAACGCCUACCAGUAUAUGCUUACUGAUCGGGAGAACCAGUCUGUUCUUAUCACUGGAGAAUCCGGUGCUGGAAAGACUGUCAACACCAAGAGAGUCAUCCAGUACUUUGCCAGCAUUGCAGCAGUUAGUGGGGUUAAGAGGGAUCCAAGCAAGGGCACCCUGGAAGAUCAAAUCAUCCAGGCUAACCCUGCACUGGAGGCUUUCGGUAAUGCCAAAACACUGAGAAAUGACAACUCAUCACGUUUCGGCAAAUUCAUCCGUAUUCACUUCGGGACCAGUGGGAAACUGUCCUCUGCCGACGUAGAGACUUACCUUCUUGAGAAGUCCCGUAUCACCUUUCAGCUCAAAGCUGAGAGGAACUACCAUAUUUUCUUCCAGAUAUUGUCCAAUCAAAAGCCAGAGCUGUUGGACUUGCUGUUAAUCACCAACAACCCAUAUGACUACUCCUACAUCUCCCAAGGAGAGGUAACAGUAGCAUCCAUCAAUGAUUCUGAGGAACUGAUGGCCACUGAUAGUGCCUUCGAUGUGCUCGGCUUUACUGCAGAGGAAAAACAGGGGGUCUACAAGUUGACAGGUGCCAUAAUGCACUACGGCAACAUGAGGUUCAAACAAAAGCAGCGGGAGGAGCAGGCAGAGCCUGACGGUACAGAGGCUGCUGACAAGUCAGCUUACCUAAUGGGGAUAAACUCUGCAGAUCUGAUUAAAGGACUUUGCCAUCCCAGAGUCAAGGUCGGCAAUGAGUAUGUCACCAAAGGUCAAGGUGUAGAUCAGGUCUACUAUUCCCUCGGUGCAUUGGCUAAGUCAGUGUAUGAAAAGAUGUUCAACUGGAUGGUGGUGAGAAUCAACCACUCCCUUGACACAAAACAGGCACGCCAGCAUUUCAUAGGCGUGCUGGACAUUGCUGGAUUUGAGAUCUUUGAUUUCAACACCUUUGAACAGCUCUGCAUCAACUUCACAAAUGAGAGACUGCAACAGUUUUUCAAUCAUCACAUGUUUGUGCUCGAGCAAGAGGAGUACAAAAAGGAGGGCAUUGACUGGGAGUUCAUCGACUUUGGGAUGGACUUGCAAGCUUGCAUUGACCUCAUUGAAAAGCCACUUGGGAUCAUGUCAAUUCUAGAGGAAGAGUGCAUGUUCCCCAAGGCCAGUGACCAGACCUUUAAGGCUAAGCUAUAUGACAACCAUUUGGGCAAGAAUAGAAUGUUUCAGAAGCCAAUUCCAGGUAAGGGCAAGGCAGAGGCACACUUUGCCCUGCUCCACUAUGCUGGCACUGUUGAUUACAAUAUUUCUGGCUGGCUGGUCAAGAACAAAGAUCCAUUGAAUGAAACAGUGUGUGGUCUUUAUGCAAAAUCCUCUCUCAAGCUGUUGAGUCAUCUUUUUGUCAUCAUAGCAACGGAGGGAGGUGACAAAGCUGGUGGAAAAGGAGGCAAAAAGAAAGGGUCUGCUUUCCAGACUGUAUCUGCACUUCACAGGGAAAACCUAAACAAGCUGAUGAACACCCUGAAAACCACCCAUCCCCACUUUGUCCGCUGCUUGAUCCCAAAUGAGAGCAAAACGCCAGGGACCAUGGACAACUGCCUUGUGAUGCACCAGCUUCGCUGUAACGGUGUGCUGGAGGGCAUUCGAAUCUGCAGAAAAGGCUUCCCAAACAGAGUCCUCUAUGGCGACUUCAAACAGAGAUAUAGAAUCCUGAAUGCAUCCGUCAUUCCUGAGGGACAGUUUAUUGACUCCAAGAAAGCCGCUGAAAAGCUGCUGGGAUCAUUGGACAUUGACCACACUCAGUACCGGUUUGGCAACACCAAGGUCUUCUUCAAAGCAGGCUUGCUGGGUACGUUGGAGGAGAUGCGAGAUGAACAACUCUCCCGCAUCAUUACAAUGAUCCAGGCCAACGCAAGAGCCAUACUCAUGAGGGCAGAGUACCAGAAGCUUGUGGAACGCAGGGAUGCUCUAAUGGUCAUCCAGUGGAACCUUCGCGCCUUUUUAGGGGUUAAAAACUGGCCCUGGAUGAAGAUGUUCUUCAAAAUCAAGCCACUGCUGAAGAGUGCUGAGUCUGACAAGGAGAUGGCAAACAUAAAGGACGAGUUCACGAAGCUCAAAGAGGCCUUUGAGAAAUCAGAAGCAAGACGGAAGGAGCUUGAGGAGAAAGUGGUGAGUAUUCUCCAAGAGAAGAACGACCUGCUCCUACAAUGCCAGUCUGAGCAGGACACACUAACAGAUGCUGAAGAGCGCUGUGAGCAGCUCAUAAAAAGUAAGAUCCAAAUGGAAGCAAAGGUGAAAGAACUGACAGAACGUAUGGAGGAUGAAGAGGAGAUGAAUGCAGAUCUCACAGCAAAGAAACGCAAGCUGGAGGAUGAAUGCUCUGAGUUGAAGAAAGAUAUAGAUGACCUUGAGCUGACAUUAGCCAAGGUUGAGAAAGAGAAACAUGCCACAGAGAACAAGGUGAAGAACCUCACAGAGGAGAUGGCUUCCCAGGAUGAAAACAUUAUGAAGCUGACCAAAGAGAAGAAGGCACUGCAGGAGGCUCAUCAGCAGACACUCGAUGACCUACAGAGUGAGGAGGACAAAGCCAACACCUUGACCAAAGCUAAAGCUAAGCUGGAGCAACAGGUGGAUGACCUUGAGGGCUCCCUGGAACACGAAAAGAAAGUCAGAAUGGAGCUUGAGCGCUCCAAGAGAAAGCUUGAGGGAGACCUAAAACUGAACCAAGAGAAUUUGAUGGAUUUGGAGAACGACAAACAGCAGCUAGAGGAGAAAUUCAAGAAGAAAGACUUUGAGAUGAGCAGCCUGACUGUAAAGAUUGAGGAUGAGCAGGUGGCUGGAGUUCAGCUCCAGAAGAAACUGAAGGAAAGCCAGGCACGAAUCGAAGAGCUUGAAGAGGAGUUGGACGCUGAGCGAGCAGCCCGAGCCAAAGUGGAGAAGCAGCGAUCUGAUCUCUCCCGCGAGCUAGAGGACAUAAGUGAGCGUUUGGAGGAAGCGGGAGGGGCAACAUCUGCCCAGGUGGAGCUCAACAAGAAGAGGGAGAAUGAAUUUCUGAAACUUCGCAGGGACCUGGAGGAAUCCACGCUUCAACAUGAGGCCACUGCUGCAUCCUUGAGGAAGAAGCAUGCGGACAGUGUGGCCGAACUGGGUGAGCAAAUCGACAACCUCCAGCGUGUCAAGCAAAAAUUAGAGAAAGAGAAGAGUGAGCUGAAGCUGGAGCUAGACGACCUGUCCUCAAAUAUGGAGAGUGUGGUGAAGGCCAAAUCCAACAUGGAGAAGAUGUGCCGAUCGAUGGAAGACAAUAUGAAUGAGAACAAGACCAAGUAUGAGGAGGCCCAGAGGUCCCUCAAUGACUUCUCCUCACAGAGGGCCAGGCUGCUCACUGAAAAUGGAGAGUUGGGACGUCAGUUGGAGGAGAAAGAGUGCCUGAUUUCACAACUCACCAGGGGCAAGAGCUCCUACACCCAGCAGGUGGAGGAUAUGCGCAGGCAGCUCGAGGAGGAGGUUAAGGCAAAGAAUUCACUGGCCCAUGCCGUGCAGUCUUCCCGUCAUGACUGUGACCUGCUCAGAGAACAGUUUGAGGAGGAGCAGGAGGCCAAGGCAGAGCUGCAGAGGGCACUAUCCAAGGCCAACACUGAAGUGUCCACAUGGAGGGCAAGGUAUGAGACUGAUGGAAUCCAGAAAACUGAGGAGCUGGAGGAAGCUAAAAAGAAGUUAGUCCAAAGACUGCAAGAAGCAGAGGAGGGUGUGGAGGCUGUGAACGCAAAGUGUUCCUCCCUCGAAAAGACCAAGAGUCGCCUCCAAAAUGAAAUUGAGGACCUGAUGUUGGAUCUUGAAAGAUCUAAUGCAGCAUCUGCAGCUCUGGACAAGAAGCAGAGAACCUUUGACAAAGUCAUGGCUGAGUGGAAGCAGAAGUAUGAGGAGUCACAGUGUGAGCUUGAGGGUUCCCAGAAGGAGGCUCGGUCUCUCAGCACUGAGCUCUUCAAAUUGAAGAAUGCCUAUGAGGAGUCCUUGGAUCACCUGGAGACCAUUCAAAGGGAGAACAAGAACCUGCAGGAGGAGAUCUCUGACCUUACUGAUCAACUUGGUGAGGGAGGGAAAAGCGCCCAUGAAUUGGAGAAACUUCGGAAGCAGCUGGAGCAAGAGAAAGCAGAGCUCCAGUCAGCACUGGAGGAGGCAGAAGGUUCCCUGGAGCACGAAGAGGGCAAGAUCCUUCGGGCCCAGCUGGAGUUCAACCAGGUGAAGGCGGAUAUUGAGCGCAAGCUGGCCGAGAAAGAUGAGGAAAUGGAACAGGUCAAGAGAAACUACCAGCGCAUGGUGGAGUCACUGCAGACCUCCCUCGAGUCUGAGACCAGAAGCCGCAAUGAGGCCCUGAGAAUCAAGAAGAAGAUGGAGGGCGACCUCAACGAGAUGGAGAUACAGCUUAGCCAAGCCAACAGACAGGCGGCUGAUGCCCAAAAGCAGCUUAAGAUCAUCCAGUCAUAUCUGAAGGAUACCCAGCUUCAGCUGGAUGACUCUACACACGGGAAUGAAGACCUGAAGGAAAACAUUGCUCUCUUGGAGCGCAGGAACAAUCUGUUCCAAGCGGAGCUGGAGGAACUUCGGGGUGUUCUUGAGCAGACAGAGCGUUGCCGCAAGCUGGCCGAACAGGAGCUCACUGAAGCCACAGAGCGCAUGCAGCUCCUGCACUCUCAAAAUACAGGCCUUAUCAACCAGAAGAAGAAACAAGAGGCUGAUCUGCUCCAACUGCAGACCGAGAUGGAAGAAGCGGUACAGGAGAACCGCAAUGCUGAAGAGAAGGCCAAGAAGGCCAUCACCGAUGCAGCCAUGAUGGCCGAGGAGCUGAAGAAGGAGCAAGACACUAGCGCCCACCUGGAGCGUAUGAAGAAGAAUAUGGAGCAGACCAUUAAGGACCUGCAGCACCGUUUGGAUGAGGCGGAACAAAUCGCAAUGAAGGGUGGGAAGAAGCAGCUCCAAAAGCUGGAGUUACGCAUCAAGGAGUUGGAGAGCGAGCUGGAGGCGGAGCAGAAGAGGGGCACAGAGUCCAUCAAGGGGGUGCGCAAGUACGAGCGGCGCAUCAAGGAGCUCACCUACCAGACGACAGAGGAUCGCAAGAACAUGGCUCGCAUCCAGGACCUGGUGGACAAGCUGCAGCUGAAGGUGAAGUCCUACAAGCGCGCCUCCGAGGAGGCAGAGGAACAGGCCAAUGCCAACCUGGCCAAGUUCCGCAAGCUGCAGCAUGAGCUGGAGGAGGCUGAAGAGCGAGCAGACAUCGCCGAGUCCCAGGUGAACAAACUCCGGGCCAAGACCAGGGACGGGUCCGGCAAGAAGGGCUUGGAUGAGUGAGGAGGUCCCAAAACAGCAAUGUCACAGGUGUGUUGAUUAGAACAAUUACCCAUCUUCUCACAAUUGCAUUAUAGAUCAGAACGUAAGACAUGAAGAAUGUAACCUAUAUUCCAGACAAUGCGUACGUUUUACAUGCAUACUUAUAAUUCAAUAUUACUUCCUUACUUACUCUGAUUAUCUUAAUUGCUGUAAGGUUAUAAUCGAAGUAAGCAUAAACCGAUUAAAACACCUAUAUUUUGUUUAGCAAUCUUUCGAAUAAUUAGGACAUGUAACACCUUCAUCGGAGUUCCUGUAGUUCCAUGUAAAUGUUUUAAUCAAGCUAUUAUAGUAAUGAGAGUAAUCACAAUAAUCAUAUUAUUGAAUGCAUGUACAUGUACCUAAUUAUUUAAGAGGAAUAGGCUUCAUUGGUUUUAGAUAACAGACCUAAUUCUAAUGCCCUAAAUAAUUUCCCUGUGCAACAUAAAUCACAUUGUAUUGUAAUUACACAGUUAAAGUGAAAGGUGAAUACCAUGGUGAUUAUGAUGUCUUGCUUAGGGCCUGUGCACGUCUUUACCGCAUCGUACACACAUGUUUAAACUAUACAGCAGAAAGAUGCAUUGGUGGAUUUGUAAGCGUGGCUUCAUGUCUAGUAAGUGGUCAUGUUGUUUCUGAGGACAGUCUGUAAACCGUAGCGGGGACAGGCUGUGUAAUAUCGUUGAUCUAAAGCGGAGAAAAAGGAUGGGAAAUGUUUUGAUGUCAACAAAGAUAUUUCCUUAAAUGAUUUUGUCAGAUAUAUAACUCCCAAAACAUGAGUUAAUGUCAGCCUUUCAUUUGAAUAUGUUCCAACAGUGUGUCCAUUGUCAAUGUAACAAUACCAAGUUGUCUCCACAUUUGUAAAGUACAUUGGAAAUGAAUGCUGCCAACUGUGCACCAUAACAUCUUAAAUCCUUAAAAGAUUAAACUAACAACGUUGUAUUACAACUAGGAAAAAUAAAGCACU